CGCGAACACCAAAGACGAACCCAAUUACGCCUUUGGACUCAGAAUAGCCGGUGGUUUCUGCUACUCUGAAGUGCGGCUAAAACAUUCUGCGGCGGUUCGCGCGAUGCCGCCCCUAUGCCCCAUAUUGCAGCGGUGGCUAUAUCCUGUUCAAUAAACAAUCAUCUCAACACCGACAUAUGGUAAUUUGUAAGGCCUUGUCUGAUGCAUCACGUUGCCACUGAUGCUCGGAAGUUCCUAGCAACAGUCAUCCUAGUAUAACCGCCAUCAGUGCAUAUAUAAAGGAACGCACUGCCCAGAACAAAGAAGACCAUCGAGCAUUUCCACAACUUCUACUCCAGUCGACACCAUGGUUGCCUUCUCAUCCUUCUUGCUUGCUCUUAGCAGCGCCUCUGCGGUCAUCGCCUCGCCUCUCGGUCUCGUUCUCGAUGCAAAGGCCCGCCAUGAGGCAACCAGUCUGAGCACUCGCUCUACCCAACCUGGAACUGGUGUUGACAACGGCUACUUCUAUUCCUUCUGGACUGAUGGCCAAGGACAAGUUACUUACAACAACGGCCCUGGCGGCCAGUACAGCGUACAGUGGAACAACGUGAACAACUUUGUAGCUGGCAAGGGACGAAACCCUGGCACUACCCAGCCCUUCACGUACAGCGGUACCUGGAACGCUCAAAAUGUUAACUCGUACAUUUCCGUGUACGGCUGGACCCGCAACCCUCUUGUCGAGUACUACAUUGUCGAAGCCUAUGGCUCCUAUAACCCUUCGUCUGCUGCUCAGAUCAAGGGCUCCAUCACAAUCGACAAUGGCACAUACGACAUUCUGCAAACCACACGCUACAACCAGCCCUCCAUCGACGGCACCGCUACCUUCCAGCAAUUCUGGUCCGUCCGCCGUCAAAAGCGUGUCGGUGGCACCGUCACCAUCCAGGCCCAUUUUGAUGCCUGGUCCAAGUACGGUCUUAAGCUUGGUCAGCACAAUUACCAGAUCCUUGCUACCGAAGGUUACCAGAGCUCUGGUUCGGCUUCCAUUACCGUUCAGUAGUGAUUCCUAUACGCUACCCCUGUUGUGGACGUUAAAAACGUGGGGAUUUGACAGUGGAGAAAGAAAGAAAGAGAGAGAGAUAGAGAGGCUCCGAAGGAAAGAGGGAGGGGGACUGGUA